AUGCACUUCAGCAUCAGACAAGCAGAUCCAGCAAUAUGGUCUUGGGUUCAAGGAAACCGUAAAGUUACCUGGCCGUCCUACGAAAGCGUUCUUCCAACCUCUGAGCCACCGCUCGUUCCUGAGGAUUUGGAAGUUUUGAAUUCGACUGUGCGAAUUACGGACGAGUCUUAUUGGGCCGAGUAUGUUACUCAAAUGACAUUUUCGUAUAUUGAACGGUGGCACGUUCGCGUUGGUUACAUUCUCAUCAUACUUGUCGUUCUGUCCUGCCUGAUCGGCACCGUUCAGUACUUGCACUUGACCAGGUUCUACGCUACCCACUCUACUCAGUCGUGGAGGAGCUCGAAAACCAUGACAUGGUUCAAAAAGCACCUUGUUCUGCCCGCUCUUUUCCGUUCGUCGCAUCGACGACCAGUUCUGUCAUCCAUGGGAUAUCUUCCUUCCCGACUUGCUGCCGUAUUCUUGGGCUUGUUCUUCAUUCUGAACAUUAUUUUCCUUGCCACACCUAUCAAAUCGGUCCAGCCCAAUACGUGGUCUUCAUCCCGAAAGCUAGAAGUAAACAACUACGUUGCGAAUCGUGCAGGAUUCAUUUCUUUUGCGUUAUUGCCUCUCACGGUUUUGCUCAGCGCACGAAACAACCCCCUUAUUGCUAUCACACGAAUGACCCAAAAUACCUACAUAUUGAUCCAUCGUUGGGUUGCAAGAGUAUGCGCACUGCAGGCCGUGAUUCAUUCGGUUGCAUGGACGAUUCAGUGGUACUGGGAGAAGCCUGACGGAAGUAAGUUCAGGAGCGAGGCGGUGAUGCCAUAUAUGCGCUGGGGUUUCGCCGGGACCGUUGCUCUGUGCUUGAUGGUCGGCUUCGCGGCCUGGCCCAUCCGUCACAGAUCCUACGAGUUCUUCAUUUUCUUGCAUAUCGCGCUCGGAAUUGUAAGCUUGUUGGGAUGCUGGUACCAUAUGGACUAUCGCUUCGCGGAUAAGUACGGGUACAAGAACUGGCUGUAUGUAACUUUCGGAAUAUGGGGGGCAGACAGGAUCGUUCGGUCGCUUCGGAUGCUUUACAUUUCCUGGCCAGCACUUACUCGUAAACCCAACACCCUCGCCCAGGCCGAACUUGUACCUGGUCAAUCUGCACUCGUCAAGUUGACGAUCCCCACCCGCCUCGCGCUCUCCGCCAAACCAGGCCAAUACGCAUUUGUGCACUUUGCGUCUCUGUUCAAGCCUUGGGAAAACCAUCCUUUCUCGGUUGCGAGCUGGAGCGUUGGAGGCGAAGAUGCGGAAAAGGGAAUCGAGGAGGAUAAGAACUCGCAAAAAGGGUCUAUUCCCUCGUUUACACCUGGCGCACCGCAUAUUACUAUGAUCGUCCGAGCCCAUGGGGGUGCAACUGGACGGAUCAGGGAUACUAUUUUGGCUAAUCGCGGGCCGGUUGUGCUACCUAUGCUUCUUGAAGGACCUUAUGGCCACCCACAGCCUCUCGACGUGUACGAAACUCAAGUCCUUGUCGCGGGUGGAGUGGGCAUCACCGCGUUGACGGGAUACAUUCAGUCCUUCCUUGCGUCUCCAAACAAGACAAAACGAAUCAUUGUGGUAUGGGCGGCCCGGGAGGCUGAAUUUAUCCAAUUCAUGCUGGAUCAUAAGCUAGAUGGAUUACCUAAUAACGUCGAUUUGAAGAUUCACUGCACUGGUGCGGGUGCGGAAAAGUUGGAGGGCAAACAUACGAUCGAGCUCGGGCGGCCGCAGCUUACGAGCUUGGUCAAGACUGAGGUAGCUGCUCUCUUCGAGGGGGAGAGGAUUGCGUUCUUUGUGUCUGGAAGCGGGAGCAUGUCGGACGAGGUCCGUCGGGCCGUUGUCGAUUCGAUCGGCGAUGGGCCAGGACAGGUGGACGGCGACCGGGUUAAUUUCUUUGACGAAGUGUUCGCUUGGUGA